GCGCGUGCGCACGGCGGCUCCCUCCAGCCAAGGGAACCUUGAAUUUCUCCGGGAUUUGCUGAUCUGCAGUGCAGAGCAAAAAGCGCAGGAACGUGUUGCAGCUGCUAACCUACCGGCUUCGCGGAAGCGAUCCGAAACGGGAUUUUAAACGGGAGAGGCAAAAGCACGGAUCCGUUCCUUCCUUGAGACCCUUAAGCAGACCUUAAUUAUUAGCAUUAUUAUUAUUAUUUUUAAAAAAACCCUGCACCGUUCCGUCUUGAUCUUCAGAGGACAUCGCAAACUGCAUAAUGGGGAAACAGAAUAGCAAACUGGCUCCUGAAGUAAUGGAGGAUCUGGUGAAAAGCACAGAGUUUAAUGAGCAUGAACUCAAACAGUGGUACAAAGGGUUUCUAAAGGAUUGCCCUAGUGGGAGACUGAACCUCGAGGAGUUCCAACAGCUUUAUGUAAAGUUUUUCCCCUACGGAGAUGCUUCAAAGUUUGCCCAACAUGCCUUUAGAACCUUUGAUAAGAAUGGCGACGGAACCAUUGACUUCAGAGAAUUUAUUUGCGCGUUAUCUAUCACCUCAAGGGGCAGUUUUGAACAGAAGCUAAACUGGGCCUUCAAUAUGUACGACUUAGAUGGAGAUGGAAAAAUCACAAGAGUGGAGAUGCUGGAAAUUAUAGAGGCCAUUUAUAAGAUGGUGGGCACUGUGAUAAUGAUGAAAAUGAACGAAGAUGGCCUCACACCGGAGCAAAGAGUGGAUAAGAUUUUCAGCAAGAUGGAUAAGAACCAUGAUGACCAGAUCACACUGGAUGAAUUCAAAGAAGCUGCAAAGAGCGACCCUUCCAUUGUAUUACUCCUGCAGUGUGACAUUCAGAAAUGAGCUCAUGUAAAAAUGCUUUCAUGGACUGCACAGAAAUUUAAAUGUUCCAUUCAGUUUGCAGCUAUUUCCACACAUACACACACACACA